AUGAUUUCCUUCUCUUCCUCUUCUUCUAUAUCCAGGUACAUUUCCCUGGCGAAUAUUCUCAGCAAUAUCCGAUCCUUUUCCACUCUAAACUCAUAUCUUUUUGCUUCCGAGCUUUCACAACAAGUCAUUGCCAGGCAAAAACAAUCGAAAUCAAAUAAAGAACAAAUCGCUAAAAGAAAACAGCAAAGGUUCAUAAGACGUCGUUUACGAGCCCGUUUGUCGCCCUCCUUGUCCCCCUUUUACAUGAAAAUACCCCAAGCUUUAAGAUUCCUAAGAGCUGCUGAAGUCGGUAGAUCUCCCACCGAAGGUACCAUCUCUGUUAAUUGCGACAUUGUCAUGGAUAAAUCUAGUAUCCCUCUAAACUCAUCUGUCAAACUUCCUCACCCUUUGAAGGAAAUCAACAUCAUGAUCUUCACAACCAAACCUGACCAAAUAAAACUAUGUGAGAAUUUAUCAAACAUCAAAUACAUCGGCGGCUUGGAUUUAAUUGAAAAAAUCAAAAACAACCAAAUCGACAUAUCAAAUAUCCACAAGUCUUUUGCAACUUCAGAGAUGGCUACUCCACUAACUAAAAAUCUAGCAAAAAUUUUAGGUCCAAAGGGCUUACUACCCUCAGUCAAAAAAAACACAAUCAACGAUGAUUUAUCAACCUUUCUAGAUUCCUCUCUAUCCUCUGUCCCCUUCAAACAAAAGGGUCUCUCUGUAUCUGUUGCUGUUGGUAGAUCAAACUUCUCUGAUGCUCAAGUAUACGAAAAUGUAUUAGCCUUCUCAAAGGCUGUUCGUGAUGCCAUAACCCAACAAAAAGCUAAAAGACCUUCCAUCCUUGCUCAAGCAACCAUCUCUACUCCUCGUGGUCCAGGCAUUGUUAUUGAUUUCUAA